CAUGUGUAGAAGAACUAGCGGAACAGAGUGGGGUGAUAUCCUCGCCCAACUACCCAGACAACUACCCUGACAACGCACAAUGUAAAUUGACCAUCACAGCUAAGGAAAACGAAGUCAUUGAUCUCAGAGUCUAUGAUGGCGCCACGGUCAACUCUCCGCUCCUGGCAGUCUUGUGUAGAAUCAUGAGCCAAACGGAGCUGGCUAGAACCAUAAUCCGGUCUACAGGAAACAGGAUGCUGGUUGUCUUUGAGUCUGACGACAGCGGCCAGAGACCCGGGUUU